UUUUCAUAUUUGAUUUUCCCAUCAUGCAGCUGUGCAAAUGGCGCGGGUUGGAUGAAAUUUUCAGAGUUUUCCAACUUUUUCUACGUAUUUUGCCAAUUUCCGCACCGCCUGGGAGAAACUGGGAGUUAUCGUGAUGUCUGAAAAUAAAGAAGAGAAGAAGGAAGAUCCCAAGGACCAGGAGUUCAAGCUAGAGAAGGACACAGAGCUGAGAUUCGAGGUGGAGACGGGAGGAACCAUUACUUUAGAGCUAGCUGAAGGCCUGGCAGAAGUGUUUGGAACAGAACUGGUCAAGAACAAAAAGUUCACCUUCGGCUCUGGUGCCAAGGUCGCAGUCUUCACCUGGCAUGGCUGCAAGGUCGUCCUUCAUGGUAAGACAGAGUUUGCGUAUGUGUCCAAAGACACUCCGAUGAUCAUGUAUGUCAACACCCACGCUGCACUGGAGCAGAUGAGACAACAGGCUCAGGACCAGGGAAAACGGGGACCAAGGGUGAUGAUUGUGGGACCAACAGAUGUAGGGAAGUCGACCCUCUGUCGUCUACUCCUCAACUACGCAGUCAGACUGGGACGCAGACCUACCUUCAUAGACCUGGACGUCGGGCAAGGGUCCAUCGCUAUUCCUGGGACUAUAGGUGGCAUACUUGUGGAAAGACCAGCUGAUGUAGAGGAGGGUUUUUCCCUGCAGGCUCCUCUGAUCUACCACUUCGGCCAUGCCUCCCCCGGUGCCAACAUGGAACUGUACGAACGAAUCAUCGCCAAGUGUGCAGAUGUGUUUAACCAGAGAUGUGAACUCAACAGACAAGCUUCAGUAAGCGGCUGUAUUAUCAACACCUGUGGUUGGGUGAAGGGAGAAGGCUACAGGUCCAUCCUACAUGCUGCCCGGGAGUUUGAAGUGGACGUCAUCAUUGUACUGGAUCAAGAGAGGCUCUACAAUGACCUGAAGAGAGAUCUACCAGGCUUUGUUAAAGUUGUACUGCAGCCAAAGUCUGGAGGGGUUGUUGAGAGACCUCAGCCAGUCAGAAGAAGUGCUCGUGAGGACCGUGUUCGGGAGUACUUCUACGGCGUGAGACAGCCUCUCUACCCACACUCGUUUGACGUCAAGUUUGCUGAUGUCAGCUUAUACCAGGUUGGAGCCCCAGCCCUGCCCGACUCCUGCCUGCCCCUGGACACACAGCAGGAGAACCCCUACACCAAACUGGUGCACAUCCAGCCUGGAGCUCAGAUUGUCCACCAUGUACUCAGUCUCAGUAUGGCUGACUCACUGGAGGAUAACCUCAUAGACACCAACAUCGCUGGAUUCAUUUGUGUUACAAAUGUAGACAUGGAGAGACAAGUGAUGACUGUGCUGUCUCCUGCCCCCAGACCGCUCCCCAAGCGGUACUUGCUCCUUACAGACAUCCGCUUCAUGGACUUCAGAUCACCUUCCUUGACCAGCAUUUUGAAUGCUUCCUUGUCCACCUCUGAGUUCCCUGCAGACUGGAAGAAAGCGCGAGUUGUCCCUAUCUUCAAAGCUGGAGAUAGAACAGACACUGAGAAGUCAGACGCAAAGAUGAGCCGCAUAGCAGUGGUGACUGGAUCAAACAAAGGGAUUGGAUUUGAGAUAGUCCGAGGACUGUGUAAACAGUUUGAUGGGAUUGUCUAUCUAACAGCUAGAAAUGAGAAGCUUGGACAGGAGGCUGUCCAAAAGCUGAAGUCCGAGGGCCUGAACCCCAGCUUCCACCAGUUGGACAUCACAAAUGACCAGAGUAUUCAGGCACUGAAGCAGCAUCUGCAGGACAAGCAUGGGGGCCUGGAUGUGCUGGUUAACAACGCAGGGUUUGCUUACAAGAUGGCAGAUACGGCCCCCUUUGGGACCCAAGCAGAGGACACUGUGGGGGUCAACUUCUUCGGAACCAUGGCCAUCAGCAAAGCUCUGCUGCCAAUCAUCAGGCCUCAUGGAAGGGUUGUGAAUGUAUCCAGCCAAGGCAGUAAUAUGUCUUUGAGGAAAUGCAGUGCUGAACUGCAGGCUCGGUUCAGGGACAGGAGCAUCAAGGAGGAAGAACUUGUGGCAUUAUUGAAUAAGUUCAUUGAGACGGCCAAGGCAGGGCAGCACAAGGAAAACGGUUUCUCUGACUCAGCGUACGGCAUGUCCAAGAUCGGAGUGACCGUGCUGACGUUUAUCCAGGCACGGGAGAUGGAACAGGACCCUAGAGAGGACAUCCUGGUCAACUGUGUGACGGGAUCUAACAAAGGGAUUGGAUAUGAGAUAGUCCGAGGACUGUGUAAACAGUUUGAUGGGAUUGUCUAUCUAACAGCUAGAAAUGAGAAGCUCGGACAGGAGGCUGUCCAAAAGCUGAAGUCUGAGGGCCUGAACCCCAGCUUCCACCAGUUGGACAUCACAAAUGACCAGAGUAUUCAGGCACUGAAGCAGCAUCUGCGGGACAAGCAUGGGGGCCUGGAUGUGCUGGUCAACAACGCAGGGUUUGCUUACAAGGUGGCCGCUACUGCUCCGUUUGGAACCCAGGCAGAGGACACUGUGGGCAUCAACUUCUUUGGAACCCUUGCUGUCAGCAAAGCUCUGCUGCCAAUCAUCAGGCCCCAUGGAAGGGUAGUAAAUGUAUCCAGCCAAAGCAGUAAUAUGUCCAAGCAUAUGACAAGAUGCAGUGAUGAACUACAGGCCCGGUUCAGGGACAGGAGCAUCAAGGAGGAAGAACUUGUGAUGUUAUUGAAUAAGUUCAUAGAGACAGCCAAGGCAGGGCAGCACAAGGAAAAUGGUUUCGCCAACUCAGCUUACAGCAUGUCAAAAAUUGGCAAGACUGUCCUGACGUUUAUCCAGGCACGGGAGAUGGAACAGGACCCUAGAGAGGACAUCCUGGUCAACUGUGUGACCGGGUCCAACAAGGGCAUCGGGUUUGAGAUUGUCCGAAGGUUAUGCAAGGAAUUCGACGGGAUCGUCUACCUAACAGAUAUCGAUGAACAUCUCGGACAGGAGGCUGUCCAAAAGCUGAAGUCUGAGGGCCUGAACCCCAGCUUCCACCAGUUGGACAUCACAAAUGACCAGAGUAUCCAGGCAGUGAAGAAGCAUCUACUGGACAAGCAUGGUGGCCUGGAUGUGCUGGUUAAUAAUGCAGGGUUUGGUCUUAAGCCUGAAAUAAGAGAUGAAGUUCCCUACGCCAUCCAGGCGGAGAAGUCAGUCGGCGUCAACUUCUCCGGAACCCUGGCAGUUAGUAAAGCUCUGCUGCCAAUCAUCAGGCCUCAUGGAAGGGUUGUGAACAUGUCCAGUCAGUCCAGUAACAAGGCCAUACGGAACUGCAGUGCCGAGUUACAGGCGAGGUUUAGGGACAGGAGCAUGAAAGAAGAAGAACUUGUGAUGUUGAUGAACAAAUACAUCGACAUGGCCAGGGUGGGGAAGCACAAGGAGCAUGGCUACCCGAACUCAGCCUACGCCAUGUCCAAAAUCGGAGUGACGUCACUGACGUACAUCCAAGCACGGGAGAUGGAAGAGGAUCCGAGAGAGGACAUCCUGGUCAACUGUUGCUGUCCAGGUUGGUGCAAGACUGACAUGGCAGGCUGGGAGAAUCCACCAAGGACUGCUGCUGAAGGUGCAGACACACCCGUGUUCCUGGCCCUCUUACCACCCAACACUGCAGAGGCACAGGGACUGAUGUACCACGACCGCAAACCUAUACCUUUCUGAGUAAUCUAAAAAUGAACUGAAAAAAAUACACCGGGUACCAUA